AAAAAGUUAUCAGUGGCGGUGGUUACCAAGCAAAGCAAUCAUCAUCAAAGGAACUCUGUUUUCUUGAUAUAUUCAGCAUUUUUGCUUCAGAUAUUUCCACUCUUCCUCUCUUCCCUUCUUUAUUACUUCCUCGAUUGAUCACUAUCACUGUAUAUUAUAUGCUCAACUGCCUCAGGUUUGAACAGUAACCUAACAGGGCUGAAGUUCAAAUUUUCAAGAAAAAAAAGUAGAAAGGUCGUUUUUUUAUUGAAGGGUCUCGUUCAAACUUGAACAGAAGCUAUUAAUGGCAGCAAGUAAUCUGAAAAAUGGGGAUUUCUUGGAUUUUAGGGGAUAAGCUUUGAGGAGAAAAAUAGAUCUCAAAUUUGUGAUAUUUUUUUAUUUUUUUUUUAAAUGAUGGAUAUGCCUGGAAAUGAUCCUAAUGUUGAGCCACCUAAAGAGACUGUAAAUUACCAUGAUGCACCCAAUAUUUCUUCAGAUUGGCAUUUAACUCCAAACAACAAACCAAACACAUCAAUGGAGAUGUUUUCAUCUUAUCUUCCCACUUCUUUGAUGGGCUCUUUCAUGUGUGACCUAAGCUAUUGUGACUCGAAUGCUCAAAAUGAAGCCAGCUCAUCAAGCCCUUCGAGAAAUGUGGGCUUAGGCCAAAACACAUUCCUCUCGAGUUUUCCAAAUUUGGCUUCACCUAGUUUUCAUAAUUUUCCGGAAGAUUCGGGUUUUAUCGAGCGGGCUGCGAAGUUUUCUUGCUUCAAUGGAGGGAGCUUUAGUCAGAUGGUCAGCCCUUUCAGCAAUCUUGGCUAUAUGAAUGCCGAUGAUCCUUGUUCGGGAUUAAUGCAAAAGCCAAACGAGGCUUUAGUGGGUGACAAAAAUGAAGGAAGCCCAUUUAAGAACGAGUCAAAACUCGAUAAAUUUAUUUGUUCUCGUGCUGAAACGAAAAACGGGGUUGAUGAGGUAGCUGAAUUUAGCGGGCGUGAAGGUCCGGAGGAGUUGUUUGGUAGAAGGGUUGGAUUAAAGAAGAGGAAAAGAGCUGAGCAGAAAAUUGUGAAUGAGGAAAAUAAUGAAGCCGAUCGACUGGCUAUUGAAACAGAGGACACUGAUGAAAUUAAGGAAAAGGAUAAUGGAAAAAACCCGACUUUGGCUGAGAAUUCGAGUGGCAAAGAGUACAUACACGUUCGAGCACGAAGGGGCCAGGCCACGAAUAGCCACAGUCUUGCAGAAAGGAUAAGGAGGGAGAAAAUUAGUGAGAGGAUGAAGUUUCUCCAAGAUCUUGUUCCAGGUUGCAACAAGGUCACUGGAAAAGCUGUAAUGCUCGACGAAAUCAUCAAUUACGUGCAAUCCUUACAGCGGCAAGUUGAGUUCUUAUCGAUGAAGCUUGCAACAGUGAACCCGAGCAUCGAUUUCGAUAUGGAAGGGUAUCUUGCUAAAGAUAUACUACAGACUAGAUUAAUCCCGAAUUUUUCUCCGAUUCACACGCCACAAACUCGAUUAAUCCACCAAACAACACUGCAUCGACCGAUCAAUUCUCAGUCAAAUGUUGUCUCGAGAGGAUUUAGAGAGCCUACCUCUCAAGCAUCAGGAAUGUGGGACGACGAGCUUCAUAACAUUGUACAAAAUGGGCUUAAUUUAAGUGCUCCCGAUUUAAGGGGUCAAGCGAAAGUUGAACCUUAACAAGUUGUAAGGCGGGCAAAUUUAAUGCGUUUUGUUGAGCGAUGGACCGAACAUUGAAUAAGACAAUGCCUUAUCCAACACCUUAUCCCUUCACUGUUUGCAGUAUUUACAUGUACCGGGAGAUAACGUGUGCAAUGUCUGUCGAUUUUACGAUGAUAUUUUUCUUCUAAGUUCUGCAGAUUCAUAUGUUGCUUGGAAGAACAUGGUACAGUUGUUCCCUUUGAUUUUGAAACUGUUGUAAUAGAGAUGGUGCAUUGUUCUCGUUCAAUCAAUUUGGAAAUGGUUUUUGAGUAACUGUAGAGUAUUUCAACAUAUCAUGUUAGUGAUUUCACAUUUUUUUUUUCUUGUGUCCCUUUGGAAGUAUAAUUAUCUAUAGGUUGACUUGAUAAGCAAGGAGAUCAUUAGUCAAUA